GAAUGAGCAGAAUAAACUUGAAGCCACAGAUCCUCUACUUUCUGCGCUUUCGACGUUUUGACGCGUUCAGUUUCAUUCUAUUAGUUGCAGUUACUUUCGUAGCAACCAUUAUUGUGUGGUUGACGAUCUACAACAGUAAGGUAGCUGACUCUAAAGAAUCCGGAACAAACGGAAUAUCAGGACUUCGAACUUUUGAUUUUUGCACGCUGCGUGCGCAAACUGAUCAAAAUAUUCGCUGUCUGUGGCCUCCGAAAUCUCCCGAGGAAUUAAUCAGCCCUGACACCAGGCGUUACGAUUUGACACUACGACCCAGGGUUCUGGAGGAUGAAGAAUCUUUAAAACUUGGAGAGCGAUACUACUGGUGGGCAAAUAUCUUGUACAAUGGGACACCUAUUUUAGGUUCCUGGUUAAAACGCCUGGUAGUGAUGGACAGAUUGACGAGGAUGAGUCAACCGUUUGAUAACUAUUACCUGUAUCCGCAAAUAAUGGAUGUUGAAGAGGCCGUGCAUUCAGUUCGCCAAGGGAUGGCGGUCAAACAAGCUCCAAUAAAUGACCCGUAUCUGGAGGUCUUUCACAAACCAAAGAAUGUCUGUUUCCGAACAAACGAGAAUGAUACUCAGGAAUUAGUUGUGCUAAUCAAGUCAUGUGCGGGUUGUUUUUUGGACAGAAAACAUGUGCGUGAAACGUACAUGCAAAAAUACCUAUGGGGUGACUUUCGCAUACAGUUCGCUUUUGUCACCGGGCUUCCAGCAGAAAAAUCGAAGGAGCCAAUCCUGAUUGAGAAUGUGCUUGAAAACAACCGACAAGGAUGGCCUAAUGGUAAUUUGGACGCAACAAGUUUGAAGGCCUUAUUGUUCGAAGAGGCUGUCCUGUUUGACGAUAUUGUUGUGGGAAACUUUUUAGACACUUAUUUUAACUUAACACUGAAACAGAUGUUCACAUUUCGCUGGGUUUCAGUGUUUUGUAAAUAUCAAUCUCCUGUUUACCUGUUUAUAGAUAAUGACUAUUCCAUUGUUCCGGCAAACCUCAUUAAGCUUGUGCGAAGUAUACCGAAUACAUUUAAACCGAGAAUGAAUGCCGGAAUACGAGGCCCUGAUCGUAUCGUGCGUCGGCCGAAACUAAAGGACGGCGUGGAACGCGGUGGAGUUUCGGAAGAUGAAAUACCUUGGAAUAUAUAUCCAGAAUAUUCAUCUGGCGCUUGUUAUUUCAUAGGAGCAGAUUUGUUGAUUGACGUGACUGUUGCAACGGCGUUCACCAAACGAUUUCGAUUUGAGGAUGCCUAUUUGAGUUUUGUCUGGACUAAGCUGAAACAACGGGUUUACGCGUUCAAGGCACUGAGACAUUAUAUCGGCCCCAAUCAGGACAUAUCUGACCUGGCAAUAGGACCACAAGUAGCUGUUGACAAGCAGAUGAAUUGGAAAAGUGGAUUUCUCAAUUUGACGGUGACGUCAAAAGCGAAGGUUUAGUUCACCACCACUCCGAACAACCAACCAUGGUUCAGACUCACACAACCAUCCGAGAAAUCCAAAAAGGCCAGAAAAAAGCAGGCAAAUUGAUGGUCAGUGUUUUAUGUAUAAAUCUUUGAAGUACGUUCUUGUUUUCUUUUUUAUGACUUUUCUGUACAACUUCAAGUUCACAUAUGCAUGUACUAUUUUAGCGGUCAGUGGUGUCGACUAUUAUACAUCAGGAAACUUGUUCGUUCGUUUUCUGUGUUCAGAUUGCAACAAGCUUCCACUCACUUGUGAUGUCAUCCCGACCAACUAGCGAGCGAGUUGAGCUAAAUAAUUGAGCACUCUGGAAUAUAGCUGUCUUCGUCAGCGUCAGCAUUUCUAUUUUCGUUCCAUUGCAUAAACCAAUGAGCCAGUAAAAACGGCGGUUUACGUUUCCUAUUUAUCUUUAUCCGGAAUCCCUUUGUAAGUAAAAU